CUUUGAUGUACAUUAUUGCUACGUCUCUUAUAUAUCUACCUAAAACCAGUCUUCAUCUUUGUCUCUCUGCUUCUCAGUCAUCCUACUCUUCAUCAGAGAAAUGGAGAUAAUGAUACCUUCUGUUCCCGCCAUGGAUUUCGACUUCAACAGUGCAAGAUCGUCUCCAUUUUUGAGUGCUCCAACGUCACCAAACCGAUUUGGUGAAUACUUGUUUACAAGUGCACCCACAAGUCCCUCACGCAUCUCUCAGUUCUAUGGUGAAUUUGACAAUGAUGAACAUUCCUCAGCUGUUCCAUUUGUUUGGGAAGAAAAGCCUGGUACGCCAAAAUCGCAGUCUCCCAGCAGGGCAAUGAAUACUGCUGAUGAUAAUGAAGAUGAUUUUGCUUUUAGUUUCUGCGGGGACAUGGAGAAGGAAUCCCUCAGUGCUGAAGAGCUCUUUGAUCGGGGGAAAAUCCGUCCGUUGAAGCCUCCACCGAGAUUACAGCUUGACGAUUUCGCAACUCAGAAGAUUCCGCUUUUGUCUCCAAGGUCCCCGAGAUCGCCCAUAUCUCAGGGUAAAAAAAUUAUCCGUGAAAUUUUUUCUCCUAGAAGCAAAAAAGACAUCGAUCCAUUUGUGGCGGCAAUUGAAAAAACUCGGAAGCAAACGGAAAAUGAAAGAGGAAGAGAAAGAAGAGCUCCAGAUAUAUCGAAAAGUUCAAACCGUAGAGCAACAAGAUCACUUUCUCCAUUUAGAGUAUCAGCGUAUCCAUGGGAAGAAGAAGAAAAGCAAAAGAAACAGCAACAAGCUACGAAACAGUCGUCGUUUAACUCAAAGUCAUCUUCUUCUUCUAAAAGUUCUUCAAGAAAAUGGCGAUUGAGGGAUUUUCUUCUGUUUCGAAGCGCAUCUGAGGGACGGUCAAGGGAUAAAGAACCCAAGUAUGGAGGUUUGUUCAAGAAAAAUGAAGAUACGAAGAACUCAAGUUUUCGGUCAACAGAGGGUUCUGCAGAGUCGAUAUCUGGCUCAAGAAGAAGAGGACAGGUAUCGGCACAUGAGUUGCAUUAUACAAAGAAUAAAGCUGCAUCAGAGAAUUUGAAGAAGAGAACUUUCUUGCCAUACAAACAAGGAAUUUUGGGGAGAUUAGCCAUAUAAUCCUCUUGCAAAUGGAAUUCGAUUACAAAACUUAGAGAUCUGUGUUUAUUAUAUGUUGCUGUAAUUAAAGAUGGUUUUUUGUUCUGUUCCGGAACAAACUGUAAGUGUAAAGAGCCAUGGAAAUAUGCUGUCCAAGCUUGCUCUUUUCAAUCUUUCAUUAAAUUUUCCAUGCAUACAUACAUGUAUGCCCUGAAUGCUAAAAGAAAUUGUGAAUUUAAGGAAAUAAAAUUCAUACCAGAAGUAGAAAUUUUCGAGUGUA